AUGUCGGACUUUUUCCGCUAUCGCCACCAGCCCGUCAAGACGCUCUAUUUAAUCUAUGCGGUCCUCUCUCUCUUUGUGCGCAUACCGUACUGGACGCUCAGGAACCUUCAUCCAGCAUGGCGCCCUCGACGCUCGUGGUCUAUAUCGCGCGUGCUGUUGGUCAAUCUCUACCGAUUUUUUGGAUACGCUGCUAUGAAUACGUCGGUCAGUGGGACGCACAUCGACCCUAAAAUUUUGGAACAAGAGGAGGGUGGAAAGUUUGGUCUCGUAUGGAUUGAGCCCAACCCCGACUUGAUUAUUGGGGAAAUCAAAGAGACUGCAGAAUUGAACGGAGUGCUCCCUAUAAAGACCCCAGGGUUCUGGCACGGGCAAAGAGGAUCCGAUGGAAGACUAGGUCAAAGGGCAGGUCCGGACGAGAAAGUGAUCUUCGAGAUACAUGGUAGCGGAUGGAUAAUGCAGAGCGCAGGUCCCAAAACGUUCUCCGCUUAUUUCCUCAAUCAGAUGUUCAAACAGUGUAAGGGAUACACCAGUGCUUUCCUAGUCGAGUAUCGCAAGGCUGCGGGUCCUCCCCAUCCUCCCAAAAACCCAUUCCCUGCUGCCCUGAUUGAUGAGAUCAUGGGCUACAACUAUCUCGUCAACAUCGUCGGAUUCAGGCCAGAAAACAUCCUUGUCACGGGCGGAUCGUCGGGCGGGAAUCUCGCUCUCAUGUUAGCCCGCUACCUUACCACCUAUCGGUUUGAAUCACUGCCUCCUCCCGGUGCGCUACUCCUCAUCUCGCCCACCAUGGACUGGGGCCGCACGCACCUUGGGCCUAAUUCAUCGAUGGUGCGCAACGCACGGUCAGACAUGGUUGCUGCGGUGAUGAGGGGCUACUCUACUGCUGCAAUUUUAGGAUCUCUUCCCGCACGGGAGGCAUGGGAGAAUUCCUGGAUAUCGCCCGGCAGCGCUCUCCUUCCGGAUGUGAAAGGCCGCUUCGCCAAUCUCCCCCCUCUUCUCAUAAUCUCAGGAGAGGCCGAGAUGACCUUAGAUGGUAUGAGGGCUGUCCGUGACCGCGUUAUCGCGGACAAUGGGGCAGAUAUGGUGACCUACAUCGAAUUUCCGGACGCAACACAUUAUACGUUGGCAAACGAAUGGCACACGCCAGAGAGCACUGAAGGCUAUGGUUUGAUCGCCGAGUGGCUUGAGGGUCUCAAUGCUUCCAAGUAG